ACGACCGCACUUUUAAUUACUAAUACUAACAGGUUCUUCCAAAUAGGGGCAUCUGAUCAUCUAAUAGGCACACAACACAAAGUUUACACGGAGUCAGAUGACCAAAAAAAAUACCAGAGAAUUUCGGUCAAACUAGUCUGAUUUCUUAGCCCAGGCCUUAACAAUUACUUUUAUACACUAAACAGUCGCGUGAAGAUAAUCGUCUAAUAAAUACUUCGAAACCAAAUCGCGCCACUGUCAGACGUCAACAAUAUCGACGCGCGAGCACAGACCACAGCGCCCGGUUGCGCUACACACAGUCUACUUCUUUUUCGCAGUCCGUCGGGCACGCUGCCCGGGGACACUCGCCCAUUAACGCAUACGCGAUCUCACUCUACGUCCGAGUAAAUCGGAACCCGACUUUUCGAAAAUAGACACGCCGGGACGGAGCUCGUUAAAAAUAAACCUCGCAGUCGAACUCGUAUCGGUGGAGACGCGAUGUUGUCGCUCACGGACGGGGACCCGGUGAAGCCGAAACGGGGAAAGGGGGCGAGGAAACGCAAACUGCACAGGGGAAUGGCGAGGCAACCGACGCCCGAGAGGGUGGGGUUCGACGAGGACGAGUUCCUUAGGAUCCUGGAACGGAAAACGUCAAUUCGGAGGAGUCCCCUGCGGAUCAACUCGACGAAAAUCGUCGAAACGUUGAAUCUGGCGGAUGUCCGUCACGUUCGAGGGUCUAGUCCGAUCACCCUCAAGAAACUCUUGGUGUUGACCACGUUUACACCGCGAGAAGUGUACCGACUCUACGGCGAUCACAAGGUGAAGUUCGCCGGCGAGUACAGACUCCUCAAAAGCCUCACGUUCAGAUGCCUGACCGAAUUGUUGCUGAUAAUGGUCCUCUGCGCUAGCGGAGGCGUGGUUUUCAAGGUCACGGAAGGUAGUUUCGAGAAUUUUUACAAGUGCGGCGUGAAACGGGUGAAGAGGGACUUCGUGGACCUGUUGUGGACGCGCAGUCACAACCUGAGAGAAGAGGACUGGAAAUCGUUGGCGCGGAAUCGCCUGAAGACGUUCGAGGAGGAACUCCACGCCGCCCACGAAGCCGGCAUGGUCGAUUACAGCGGUCGGAGGGCGUGGAGCUUCCUGAACGGCAUCGUCUACUGCCUGACGAUAGUCACGACGAUAGGUUAUGGUCACAUGUUUCCGAAAACCACCACCGGGAGGGCGCUGACGAUAGUCUACGCGUUGAUCGGCAUCCCGCUGUUCCUCAUAGCGCUUACGGAUUUCGGCAAACUGUUCACCAGGUGUAUCAAAUUUGUCUGGUCUUUCGUUAGAAGGCUUUAUUACACCGGCAGCUGCCGCAGGGUCAGGAAACAGACCAACUUCGACGGUAUAUUCAAAGGGGCGCAGUCCAUGAUCCGUAAAUCGCUCGGCACCGAAGACGACGAAGACGUCCCCCAGGUGUUUACCCCCAGCUCCGUCCACACUCCGGGCAGCCCGACGAUCUCGGCGUUCGAGAUCGACGACGAGUUCAACCUGCCGAUAUCGGUGGCCCUUUUUAUCCUCGUCGCCUACAUUUUCUGCGGCGCCGUCAUCUACAUGGUCGUGGAAAAGUGGGAUUUCUUCGAGUCGUUCUACUUCGUCUUCAUCUCGAUGUCGACAAUCGGUUUCGGCGACUACGUGCCGAGACAUCCCGUCUUUAUGAUCGGCUCCAUCGUUUACCUGGUGUUCGGGUUGGCCCUGAUGUCGAUGUGCAUCAACGUGGUGCAGGCCAAGUUGAGCGACACCUUCAAAGAGGCUUCGGCGAAGAUAGGGGCGACGAUGGGCCUCCAAGUAGACGAAGAUGGGACCGUGUCGCCGGAGAGUGUGGAGGUGCCCUCCGUUCACGCCACCGUCGUCGACGAGGUCGCCAAAACCGAUUGAUUUUUGUAAAUAGACGAGAAAUAAAGCUGUUGUUUUUUAAAAUGGCGCGU